AAAACAACAACCAUUUUUAAUAUUUCUGGUGUUCUCAGUGUUCUGUGAUUAAAAUCACCACCGAAUUUUAUUAACAAAUUUUGCAGAUGCAAUUUGCAAGAUUAAAAGAAAAAUAUAGCAUAAAAAAUAUGAAAAUUCAAACACGUUCGGACUCGAAAACAAUUUGAUAAGUGUUAUCAAAAUACAUUUUUAUGAAAGUAUACACUUCGAAUCUAACCUAACAUGCUUAAGGAAAAAGGACAGCUAAAGUUUGAAAAUAAAUGGCCUUUUAUGGAACCUAUUGUUUUGAAACUGUUAAAACAAGAACCAGUUUCACCUGCAGAAUGGCAAGAACUGUUUUAUGACGUUCAUUUGGUGUGUCUUUGGGAUGAAAAAGGCCCUGCCAAACUUAGAGACAAUUUACACGACGAUAUUGUGCAAUUUAUAAAGCAGGCUCAAUCUAGAGUGUUAGCACAUAGACAAGAAGAAGCGCUUCUGAAGGCUUAUAUUGCGGAAUGGAGAAAAUUCUUCACCCAGUCUAAUUAUCUACCCACGCCCUUUAGACAGCUAGAGAGCAGUUUACAGGGCAAACCAGCCUCUGGUAAUUCAACCAUACAGAAUAACAGUGGAAAGAAAACCCCAGGGGAAGAAAGCAUUGUGAGAAAAUUAAUGUUGGAUUCAUGGAACGAAAGUAUAUUCAGUGAUAUUAAGCAUAGGUUACAAGAUAGUGCUAUGAAAUUGGUGCAUGCGGAAAGGAACGGAGAAGCUUUUGACUCGCAAUUAGUAAUAGGCGUUAGGGAAUCGUAUGUGAAUCUGUGUUCGAAUGCGGACGACCGACUUCAAAUAUACAGAGAAAACUUUGAGGCAGCCUACAUACAAAGCACGGAUCUGUUUUAUCGAUUGAAAGCUCCCGAACAGCUGGCUACUAACGGCGUACAAGCGUACAUGAGGUACGCAGACGCUAAAUUGAGAGAAGAAGAGGCUAGAGCUCAACGAUACUUAGAAGCAGGAAGCAAUGCUGUCAUACAAUGUUGCGUUAAAGUACUAGUGGGAAACCCUUUACAUGUGCUGUUAGCGGAAUGUGCUCCGUUAAUUAAAGCAGGCGAAACCGAAAGAUUACAGUUGAUGUUUAGGUUGCUGGAGAGAGUACCAGAAGGAGUCCAACCUAUGUUAAGGGAAUUGGAGAAUCAUAUCACUCAAGCAGGUCUAGCUGAUAUGAUCGAUGCAGCAGACAUCAUAACUCAGGAUUCGGAAAAAUACGUUGAACGUCUUUUAGAAUUAUUCAGGAAAUUUAGUAAGCUAGUACACGAUGCAUUUUCUGACGAUCCAAGGUUUCUAACGGCUAGAGAUAAGGCAUUCAAAGCAGUGGUUAAUGAUACAACGGUGUUUAGAUUGGAACUAGCGACAGGGAGAAACGCUGGAGGAAAAACCGUAGCCCCUGAAAGCAAAUGUCCAGAAUUAUUAGCGAAUUAUUGCGAUAUGUUAUUGAGGAGGACUCCAUUAUCGAAAAGGCUGACUAGUGAAGAGAUUGAAUCUAGGUUGAAAGAUGUAUUAUUAGUGUUAAAGUAUGUGUCAAAUAAGGAUGUUUUUAUGAGAUAUCACAAGGCUCAUCUGACGAGGAGAUUAAUUUUAGACGCUAGUGCGGAUAGCGAGAAAGAAGAGGACAUGGUAGAAUGGCUCCGCGAAGUGGGCAUGCCAGCCGACUACGUGAACAAAUUGGCUCGAAUGUUUCAAGAUAUCAAAGUUAGCGAAGAUCUGAAUUGCCAGUUCAGAGCGUCUACGGCUCGGCACGACGCUAUUAAUAUCAAAAUUUUAAACGCCGGCGCCUGGGCAAGAGGUUCCGAACGCGUCACCGUCAGUUUACCGGUCGAACUGGAGGAUUACAUACCCGAAGUGGAAGAAUUUUACAAGAAGAAACAUUCCGGAAGGAAACUUCAAUGGUAUCACCAUAUGAGCAACGGAACAAUUACAUUUGCUACAUCGAGCGGUAAAUUCGAUUUGGACGUUACCACUUUCCAAAUGGCCGUACUGUUCGCUUGGAACCAAAGGCAGAACGAUAAAAUUAGUUACGAGAAUCUUAGAUUGGCCACCGAAUUGCCGGACGGUGAGCUGAGAAGGACUUUGUGGUCUCUAGUAGCGUUUCCGAAAUUAAAGCGCCAGCUGUUAUUAUUUUCCCCGGCUGUCGCCGCCUUGAAAGAUUUCAACGAGCACACCAUGUUCUGGAUCAAUCAGGAUUUCGCUUUGAUUAAGAACGGAAAGCUCCAGAAAAGAGGAAAGGUUAAUUUGGUAGGACGUUUGCAAUUGAGCACUGAGCGGUCGCAAGUAGAGGACAACCAAUCGAUAGUUCAUCUGAGGAUUUUGAGGACCCAAGAGGCGAUAAUUAAGAUAUUGAAAAUGCGCAAGAGGAUUACGAAUGCCGCUUUGCAAACUGAAUUAGUCGACAUAUUGAAGAAUAUGUUUCUGCCAUCGAAGAAGAUGAUAAAGGAACAAUUGGAGUGGCUGAUCGAGCAUAAGUAUAUGAGGAGGGACGACGAUGAUAUAAAUACUUUUAUUUAUAUGGCGUAAUUUGUUAAAAAUAGUGAGUAAAGUGAAUUUUGUUAAAAGAAAGCAUUCGAGACCAUUGAAAUCCUAAUGCACGUUGACUUGAAAUUGCACCAAAAAAAACCUAGUUAAAUAUAAGAUAUCCAGAAAGGAAGAGGUUCACAGGGAAAGAUAAAUAAAAGAUGUAUCUCGUAAACAAAUUCUCGUUUAUU